AUGGCUCUUCAGAAACACCUUCUCAAUGACGCUGACACGCUCGUCGUCGACUCGCUGACGGGCUUGUGUGCCGUCAACAACCAGCUGGCGUUUGACCCACCGAACAAAGUCGUGUACAAGGCUACUUUGGAUCGCUCCAAAGUUGCUCUUAUCUGUGGAGGCGGGUCUGGGCAUGAGCCUUCGCAUGCGGGUUUUGUGGGCGAGGGCAUGCUCAGUGCCGCUGUCUGUGGCAAUGUGUUUGCUAGUCCCAACGCAUCUCAGGUCCGGCGGGGCAUUGACCUGGUAGAGAACGAUGCUGGCACCCUCAUUCUCGUCAAAAACUACACUGGUGACAUCCUCAACUUUGGCCUUGCGGCAGAACAGUAUGCUGCUGAACACGCAGACAAGUCCAACAAGGUCAAAUUCGUUGUGGUUGGUGAGGAUGUAGCGGUGGGCAAAACUCAGGGUGGGAUUGUCGGACGCAGAGGCCUUGCGGGUGUUGUUCUCGUAUACAAGAUUGCGGGUGCACUUGCUGCUCAAGGCGGCAGCCUCGAAGAAGUCCACGAUGUCGCGCAGUAUGUUGCUAGUCGUAUCGGCACCAUUGGGGUUGGCCUAGAGCAUUGUCAUGUGCCUGGCACGGCAGCUCCAACCCAUUCUAUAUUAGCUUCGGAAAUCGAAAUCGGACUGGGAAUCCACAACGAAGCUGGCAAUCAGCGCAUUUCACCCAUUCCGCCGCUCUCGCAACUUAUUCCCCAACUUCUGGAUUACAUCACUUCCACCACAGACCCAGAGCGCUCGUUUCUCCCUUUCAAGCACGAUGGCAAGGACGAAGUGGUCCUGCUAGUCAAUAAUCUUGGUGGUUUGAGUGAGCUCGAGCUUGGCGGCGUUGUUCGUGCUGCGAGAGACGAACUAGCGGAAAGGAAAAUUGUUGUGAGCCGUGUUAUUUCAGGGACUAUCAUGACAAGUCUCAACAUGCCUGGCUUCUCGAUUUCCCUUGUUCUUCUGCCCAGGGCCGAAGACACCCAGGCCCCCAAAGCUAGUUUCCUCCUUUCACUCCUUGAUGCUCCGGCACAAACACCAGGAUGGAAAUGGUCGUCUGGUGCUCCGCCUGUUACUCCGACUCCACUUGCGCCCCCUCCACAUCCCCCUGCCAAAAGAGCCGCUGACGCGACGGCUGUUUCUGCGUCCAAGCCUUCAGAAUUUGUAACAGCAAUUCAACGGGCUUGCGAUGCUGUAGUCGCGGCGGAGGCGGAAAUCACACGGAUGGACACGAUUGCAGGAGAUGGCGACUGCGGGUUGACGCUCAAGUCCGGUGCCCAAGCUGUUCAGAAGGCCGUUGCCGCGAAGAAUAUCACUGGGACCGAUUUGGUGGGUGACUUGUUGGCUGUGGCGAAGGUGGCGGAGACGGAUAUGGGUGGUACCAGCGGUGCACUAUACUCUAUAUUCUUUUCAGCGCUGGCUCAAGGUGUACAGGGUGCAGCGGGUGGCCAGUUGACCACGGCUACUCCCGAACUCUGGGCAACAGCAUUGACAUCGGCAUUGAAGAAACUUUACACGUAUACACGGGCACGUCCACCAUCCCGCACACUUGUCGACCCCCUCGCUGCAUUCGUCGAAUCAUACGAUAAGGGAUUCUCGGAGGCGGUGAAAGCUGCUGCUGCGGCUGCCGAACACACGAAAGAUGUUGAUGCGAAGGCGGGGCGGAGCGCAUAUGUCGAUUCGGCAUUGCUGACUCGAGAGAAGGUGGCGGAUCCCGGGGCGUGGGGCGUGAAAACUAUCUUGGAGGCAAUUUGA